AUGGCUGGUAUAUUGUGGAGUUUGUGGAAACAUAGGAACAUGAGGUUAUGGCUAAAUACAGUAGAAACAUGUGCUCAAAUUCUGGACCGUGCCUUUCACUUAAUUGAGGACUGGAAGCAUGCUAAUAAUAACAAGCACAUGCAGCAAACAACUUCCACCGUGACUGCAUCAACAACAACAAACGACGAGCUUGCCACAAGCAAUAACAACAGGGUUGAUCGUGUAGGGACUGUUUGGAAAAAACCGACAAUUGGUAGAUACAAGUGCAACAUUGACGCGUCGUUUUCGACUCAACAAAAUCGCGUGGGCUUGGGAAUGUGCAUUCGUGAUGAUGAAGGUCGGUUUGUGUUAGCCAAAACUAUGUGGAUUUCACCAAUAUGUAGCGUGGACUUAGGUGAGGCAUUAGGACUCUUUCAUGCCAUCAAUUGGGUUCAUGACCUUCAACUUCAAAGAGUGGAUUUUGCACUUGAUUCAAAAAUAGUGGUUGACUAUUUCCAUAAGGGAGGACCCAAUAUUACUGAGUUUGGGGAUGUGUUGAAUGAAUGUAUUCGUAGUUUUAAGUCAUAUUUCGAAAACUCUCAUGUUGAGUUUAAUAGGAGACAAGCGAAUGAGGUAGCUCAUGCUUUAACCAGGGUAGCCCCAUCUAUAGCUCGCUCCCAUGUUUUCAUUGAUGUACCGACAUGUAUAAGCCAUUUAAUUAUGAAUGAAAUGCUAUAA